GGAGUCCAUACUACUUGACCCCAUCGACUACCCAACUCUUUCACUGAAGAGAACCUCCCUUCUUCCUUCUUCUUCUUCUUCUCUAUCAAUCGUUUCCCUCAUCUUCCCCUCCAUUCCUCCUUCCUACCCAAGGAACCAACCAGGUCGCCUCGUCUCCUUCCCUUCUCCCAUAUAGACUAGACUUGCUUCAGUCUUCAUUUCGUCUGCCAUCUGUUUAUAUUUCUAAACUAAUACCCACCCUUAUCGGACAAGAGAGCGACAGCACAUCAGUCAGUCAUCACCUACCGCCAAGAUGACACAAGGAACACAGCACCGUAUUGCGAUACCCAGACCCGAAGCCUCGCGCACAGAAUCCUCUCUCCCGGGCCACUUGCGCCCCUCCGUCAUCAAUGUGCCCGUCACCCCGGGAAUCAGCCGCGAGGCCUACGAAGAAGAGCUCACCGACAUGCCCCCAAGUGGCUACUUUGGCAGGCGAACCGACGAGCACGAGAUUGCCCAGUCUCCAGGCACCGUCGGCCUUGACGAGACAGGAAGCGUUGACAAGCAGCUCGCUGUGGGUGCCGAUGCCGGCAAGGACUACAUGCGCCGUCUGAGCACGGCCGUCACGGGCACUACCUCUAGCCAAGACUCCCUCUACGAUAUCCGCCACAAGUUCCCCAAUCUCUCGCUCAGCGGAAACAUCAUCUCGGCCACCUUCACAAUCCCCCACUUGCUCAAGUAUACCAAGGGCGAAAAGGGCACCCCGGGUUCCUGGGAUCUAAAACCCCGCCGGGGACAGUCGGCGCUUUUCGAUUCGUUUUCGUACCUCUCCUCCGAUGACGCCCCAUGGAAUCACACGGUUGUCGCCUGGACCGGCGAGAUUGAGGAGGUCAAGUCCGCCCAGCAGGCCGGCAAUGUUCCUGCUACCACGGUCGGCCAACCCUCUCUCAACCCCCUUUCCCGCCCUGUGCCCAUCGAUGGCAGCAUUACUCCCCCGGCCACCCCCACGGCAGACGGCCUCUGGAUCCCCAAGGAAGACAUGCACUUGCUAGAGCACGAGCUGUCGCACAACAGGAGGAUCAAGACUGUCCCUGUCUGGCUCGCCGACGACAUCGAGGGCCACGACGAUGGCAUCAGGCUGAAGGAUCAGGCCCGCUGGAGACGCUACGCCGAGCACUCCCUCUACACCCUUUUCCACUACAAGCAGAACGAGCCCGCCGAUGGCCGCGCCGAAAGAAUCCAGUGGGCUGACUACUACCGCAUGAACCAAAAAUUCGCCAACAAGAUUCUCGAAAACUACAAGCCUGGCGACAUCGUCAUUGUGCAUGACUACAACCUGAUGCUUCUGCCUAGCAUGCUGCGUCAGCGGGCUCCCCACAUGUACAUUGCCUUUUACCUGCACUCGCCCUUCCCCAGUUCCGAGUUCCUGCGCUGCCUUCCCAGGAGAAAGGAAGUCCUGGAGGGCGUCUUGGGCUCCAACAUGGUCGGAUUCCAGAGCUACAGCUACUCCCGCCAUUUCUCUAGCUGCUGUACCCGCAUCCUCGGCUUCCCCUCCGAUACUACCGGUGUCGAGGCCUACGGCGCGCGUGUUGAGGUCGGCGUCUUCCCCAUUGGUAUCGAUGCUAUCAAGGUCGCUGCCGCUGCGUGGAAGCAGUCCGCCACCGCAAAGUACGAGGGGCUGAAGAAGAUGUACCCCGGCAAAAAGCUCAUCGUCGGCCGUGAUAAGUUGGAUAGUGUCCGUGGUGUUGCCCAGAAGCUCAUGGCUUUUGAGCGCUUCCUCGAGCUCUACCCCGAGUGGAGGGAAAAGGUCGUUCUCAUCCAGGUCACCUCGCCCACUAACAUUGAGGAGGAAAAGGAGGAUUCCGAGAACAAGAUUUCCAGUCGUGUCAAUGAGCUUGUCAUGAAGAUCAACGGCAUGUACGGCUCGCUUGGCUUCUCCCCCGUCCAACACUACCCCCAGUACAUCUCGCAGGAUGAGUACUUUGCUCUCCUCCGUGCUGCCGACAUUGGCCUUAUCACCUCGGUCAGAGACGGCAUGAACACUACUUCCAUGGAGUACAUCAUCUGCCAGCGUGAGAAUGCUGGUCCUCUCAUUCUCUCCGAGUUCAGUGGUACCGCUGGCUCCCUCAAGGACGCCAUCCACAUCAACCCCUGGGAUCUUACCGAUGUCGCCAGGCAAAUUAACAAUGCUCUCACCAUGUCGGAAGAGCGCCGCCAGAGUAUCCAGAGGAGCUUGCUCGAGCACGUCACCAACAAGAACGUCCAGUUCUGGACUGCCGGUCUCCUACGUCGCCUGAUUAGUGUCCUCGCCAGCAGGAAAGACGUCAUCGCCACUCCCCUGCUCGAUCGCGCCACCAUGCUCCGCAAGUACCGGGCGGCCAAGAAGCGUCUGUUCAUGUUCGACUACGACGGCACCCUCACACCCAUCGUCAGGGAACCUAGCGCCGCCAUCCCGUCGGAGCGCGUUAUUAACAGCCUCAAGACUCUGGCGGCCGAUCCCCGCAACGCCGUCUGGAUCAUUUCCGGCCGUGACCAGGAGUUCCUUCAGCAGCACCUUGGCCACAUUACCGAGUUGGGCUUCAGCGCAGAGCAUGGUAGCUUCAUGCGGCACCCGGGCUCGACGGAGUGGGAAAACCUUGCGGAGAAGUUUGAUAUGGGCUGGCAGGCCGAGGUUCUGGAGGUCUUCCAGAAGUACACCGACAAGACUCCAGGUUCCUUCAUCGAACGCAAGCGUUGCGCCCUCACCUGGCAUUACCGCCUCGCCGAUCCCGAGCAGGGUCUCCACAUGUCUCGCGACUGCCAAAAGGAGCUCGAGACCACGGUCGGUCGCAAGUGGGACGUCGAGGUUAUGGCGGGCAAGGCCAACCUUGAGGUGCGUCCCACGUUCAUCAAUAAGGGCGAGAUCGCGAAGCGCCUCGUCACGGAGUACAACGCCGAGCUUGCUCCCGAGAAGCUCGAGUUUGUGCUCUGCAUGGGUGAUGAUUUCACCGACGAGGACAUGUUCCGCAGCCUGAACGUGCUGUCCGGUCCUAGCGAAGAUGCCGAGGUCAAGGCCGAGAACUGCUUCACUGUCACGGUGGGCGCCAGCACCAAGGUUACGCUGGCUAGGUGGCACUUGCUGGAGCCCGAGGAUGUGAUUGAAUGCGUGGCUCUCCUCGCUGGCGUUGGUAGUGCCGGCGCUGGUGCGAGUGGCGGCGUACUGUCCAUGGGAGAGGUCAACCUUGCGGCGUUGAGCGCGGUUGAGGAUCAUAUCCCUGAUGGUCAGGCGCAGUAAGGAGUGUGUGAAAAGCAAACAAAAGGGACAAGAAAAUCAAGAGUAAGGUAGGGAAAAGUAGUGUUUGGGAUGGGAUAGGGAGGCGAUGUUAGAUUCACUAGUGGCUGGCUGGGCUGGGCUGGGACUGUUUUCUUUAUGUUCGUUGUGUUGAUAAUUU